AUGACGGAGAGAAUCGCAUCGUGUGGAAACCUUUAUGACAACAGCUCUCUCCUCCUACGGUAUUGCAAUGAUGAUAACGUGUCUGCGGGGAGUGGGAUGGAGAUGGAUGACCGCCUGUCUCACCUGGAGCAGCGUGUGCAGCUGCAGGAGGACGAGAUCCAGUUGCUCAAGGCGGCGCUGGCCGACGCCUUGCGCAGACUGGGCUCCUGCGAGGAGCUGACUCAGGGCGCAGGGAGGAAGGCCGCACCCACCAAAGUUCGUCAGCUGUUACAGGCUCUCCCCUCCAAACCGCUGACCAAUGGCUACGUCCAGCACAAACGCUUAGGUGGCUUCCCUUCCUCUCCCUCCUCUCCCAAAAAAGAGGUGCUAAUGUCCAUAAAAAGGAAGAGCAUGUCCACAGAGCGUCUGUCCACAGUGAAGAAGGAAAUGGCAGAUUCUCGCAGCAGAACCACCUCCUCAAGCAGUUCUGUCUGCAGCAAGAGAGACGGUAAAACUAAAGAAUGCACUUUCAGUGCUGAGGAUGGUUAUGUUAGAAUGUUCCUACGUGGUCGCCCGGUCACUAUGCACAUACCUGACCAGCUGAGAGACAGCUACAGCCUCGACCACAAGGUGGUGCUGCCUGACCGCAAACUGAAACUGCAGUGGGUGUAUGGCUACCGAGGCCGAGACUGCCGCUCUAACCUUUACCUUCUGCCCACGGGAGAGAUCGUAUACUUCAAUGCCUCUGUGGUCGUACUUUACAACGUGGAAGAACAGCAACAACGGCAUUAUCUAGGCCACAACGAUGAUGUCAAAUGUAUUGCCAUCCAUCCAGACAUGGUCACUAUAGCAACGGGACAAGUUGCUGGAACAUCCAAAGAUGGCAAGCAAUUGCCUCCACACGUCCGUGUGUGGGACUCUGUGAGUCUCAACACCCUUCACGUGAUUGGGAUGGGUGUAUUUGACCGUGCAGUCACCUGUGUGGCCUUCUCAAAGUCGAAUGGGGGUGCUUAUCUGUGUGCUGUGGACGAUGCCAACGACCACAUCCUGUCAGUUUGGGACUGGCAGAAAGAGAAGCAGCUCGCGGAUGUAAAGUGCUCCAAUGAUUCUGUGCUUGGAGCUGCUUUCCACCCCAUGGAUGCUAACCUGAUAGUCACCUGCGGGAAGUCCCACCUCAACUUCUGGACUGUGGAGGGAAAUACACUGACCAAACGACAGGGGCUGUUUGAGAAACAUGAAAAACCCAAGUAUGUGCUGUGCAUUGCUUUUGCUGAGAACGGAGAUGCCAUCACUGGAGACUCCAGUGGAAACAUAUACAUCUGGGGAAAAGGUGGGAACCGGAUCACCCAGGUGGUAGCAGGUGCCCACGAGGGCGGGAUCUUCUCCCUGUGCGUGCUGAAGGACGGGACCCUGGUGUCUGGGGGUGGGAAGGACCGGCGAGUUGUGCUGUGGGACCAUGAGUACCACAAACAAAAUGAAAUGGAAGUUCCUGAGGCCCACGGGCCCGUGCGCUGUCUGACGGAGGGCAGACAGGACGAGCUGUUUGUGGGGACGACCCGGAACGCCAUCCUACAGGGAUUUUUCUCUGGGACCUUGAAUGUCAUCGUACAGGGGCACACUGAUGAACUGUGGGGGCUGGACGUCCACCCCAGCACUGAGCAGUUCAUCACCUGUGGCCAAGACAAGCAGGUCCACCUGUGGGAUACCAGCUCCCAUCAGCCCGUGUGGAGCAAGACCAUUGAGGACCCAGGCCGCUCUGUCGGUUUUCACCCCAGCGGCGCUGUUCUUGCUGUGGGCACUAUGACAGGAAGGUGGCUGGUUCUCGAUGCAGCCACUCGGGAUCUCGUCUCUAUUCACACCGAUGGGAAUGAAAUCAUCUCUGUGAUCAAGUACUCACCAGAUGGAGCAUACCUGGCUGUGGGUUCCCAUGACAACUUUGUUUACCUGUACGCUGUGACUGAGAAUGGAAGGAAGUACAGUCGUGUUGGCAAAUGCAGCGGUCACUCCAGCUUCGUCACUCACUUAGACUGGUCCACCGACAGUCAGUACAUUGUCACCAACUCAGGAGACUACGAAAUCUUAUUCUGGGAUGCUUCCAGUGGCAAACAUGUGACCAGUAUGGACGUAGUUCGUAACCUGGAGUGGGCUACAUCCACAUGUGUUCUGGGUUUUAGUGUUUUUGGUAUUUGGCCUGAUGGCGCUGACGGUACGGAUAUCAAUGCUGUGUGUCGGUCACAUGGUGGCGCUCUCCUGGCUUCGGCUGAUGAUUUUGGCAAAGUGCACUUGUUUUCCAAUCCCUGCUCUCAGCCGAGGGCCCUCAGCCAUGCUUAUGCUGGCCACAGCAGCCACGUAACCAAUGUUGCCUUUCUCCAUGACGACAGUCACCUCAUUUCCACUGGAGGGAAGGACACCAGCAUCCUUCAGUGGGUCGUCGUCUAAGGCCCAACCUGAGCAACUCUGCAGCAUCUUCUCUCUAGCCUCCAGCCCACCAGAGGGCGACACUGCUGUGCCUAUAUCUACUUUUCCUGUCCUCUACUGUACUCUAACAUUAGCAGACGUUGCCCUUGAUGGCUGCUCUGGGAAAAGCUUUUUUGGUGCUUUGAUCUCUUCGAACCAUGAAUGUUACGACUAGAGAAUGGAUACCUGGCCCAAGAGAAGCUCUUACUGGCAACGUGUCCUUGGAAUGAAUUGUGUACCGUGCUAAUGCGCCACUAGAGAGAGCUCUGGCAAAAGAGAAUAAGCAUGUCCUAACUGUCAGUCUAUUUAAAGGUUAUUUAAAUAAGUUUUAGCUGCUGUUUGUGUUGCGAAAGCUCGUAGAGAUAAGCGUAAAAUGCAGUCACUGAGUGGAUAUAAUAUUUUAAUAU